AUGAGCGGUUCAACUAAUCCGUUUGGAUCUUUCACUGGUGUUUUUUCACAACUUUUCUCUUUGGAUUCGCCUGAUAAAGUAGGUUCCUUUUUUCAACAAUAUUGGUAUGUUUGGUUAAUUCUUUCAAUCGGUGUUGUUGUACUAAUUGCUGUUAACGUAGCAAUAUGCUGCUAUUUUCGUCAUCAUCGAAAAUUAAAUGAAAUUGAUCCAACAACUGGUGAAAAACGUUUAUAUAAUAAAGAUUGGGGUAUUGCAAAACCAAAACAAACUCUAUUUAUACCCAUUGAACGAAAUCUACAAGAUUCAUCGGAAAGUCCAUUAAUGAUUGAUGAUUAUGAUGAUUCGAAAUUUGCUGUUGAAGCAUUGAUGGCACAUAAUUCAUUCCGACUACAACAUGGUGCAGUACCAUUACAACAGAAUGAAUAUUUAAAUAAAGUUGCGACGGACUGGGCACGUGAAUUAGUGAAAAAGAAUCAACUUCAACAUAGUCCUGACCCAUGGAGACGUUAUAAGGGAUCAGUGUUAGGUGAAAAUCUGGCUUUUUAUAUUGGACCUCUACUCACUGGCGAGCGCCUUACUAAGAUAUGGUAUCGCGAGUUCGAUCAACAUGAUUUUAAUGUUGAUUUACAAGAAAAUAGUCUUCACUUUUCACAAUUAGUGUGGAAAGGUACAAGAGAAGUUGGCUUUGGUCGUUGUCGAACACCAGAUAAAAAACAAUGGUAUGGUGUUGCAGUUUAUUUCCCGCCUGGUAAUUAUCCGAAUCAAUAUAUGGAGAAUGUACAACCUCGUAGUGAUCUUGAAAAUCAACGUUUCGCUUAA